UUAAACACUCUAUUGCAGGAUAACACUCCUACAAUCCAGCCCUUUUCAAACUUCCUGUCCAAAUUUCCAUUUUCUUUCUCAUUCUUCAUUCUUCCAAUUCCAAAUUCAUCACACAAAUAACAAAGGAGACAAAAAAAAAACACUACACAUUAUCACACAUUAACAACAACAAAAAAACAUGUUCACUAUUUCAUCCUCAACAUUCACAAACACAAUCUCAUCCUCAUUCCCUUCUUCAAUCUCUUCACCCAUUUUCUCUCAAAAUCCAAUCUUUCACACAACCCUUUUCUCAAAACCCUUUCUUUUUCACAACCCACUUUCCAUUGCUCUCAGAAAACCCACCACCGCCACAGUUUUCUGCAAGUCAUCUGAAGCAUCAGCAGAAUCAGAAGAGCCCUCAGUUCCAGAAGAUGAGUGGCUUCAGAAACUACCUGAGAAGACAAAACCUCUCUACUCACAUAGCUUGCCUUGUAUCGAGGCAUGGUUGAAGAGUUUGGGGUUUAAUCAGAGUAAGGAUGAUAGGGCUCAGUGGUUUGUGAAUAAGCCUGAUUGGCAUGCUCACCUCUCUCUUGAUGCCACUGACAUCUACAUUAGGUAUUUGAAGAGUGGACCUGGGAAUCUUGAAAAAGACAUGGAAAGGAGGUUUAGUUAUGCUUUAAGCAGAGAAGACAUUGAGAAUGCUGUACUUGGAGGACCAUAAAUAAGCCAUUUUGCUUUCUACUUUCAAAUAUACAAUGGCUUAAAUCCUUGUUGGAAAUAGUUUGUUAAUUCAUAUGUUAAAUCAUUGAUUUUCAUGUCAAAUUUGAUUCUAAUGAAAGGAAUACAGAAUGUUUUAUGAUGA